AUGUUGUUCAUCUCUCGAGCGACACGGACUCUAGCUCGAAGACCGCUAGCUCGACGCCCGCUUUGGGUCAAUUGCAUUCGGCUACAGUCACGGAAACCAGAUCCACUCCAACUUGUUCAUGAAGCAAAGUUGCGGGAGAUUAUCGAAGGUACAAACUUUGGUUCGGAACCCGCUAAUAAGCAAGGCAAAAUCGAGGAAGAACGCAGGAAAUUAGAAAGGGAACACGAAGUUGAGCGACAACGACAAGAAAGGCAGGAAAGAAAAGAGGCCCAGUUACAGUCGCAAUCACGGGAAGACGAAAUAGCCAAAGUUAACCGGCACACCGAUGCCGAAAUCUCGUCCACUGAAUCCGGCAAGCUCAGAGGAGAAGACACGGGAGACUCCAUUCAGCAGGAUGGGCUUCGCAUUGAAAACAAAAUCAUUGCAACCACCGAGAACUCGGUUGACGACUCGGAAAUUCCAACGAUAGCCAAGGAGAUCAACGAAACCAUUCAGGAGGAAAUCGGUGGUCUACCGUCGCAGAAGCACAAGAACCAGAGCGCCAUGAGCAAGAAACUCACAAAGUACUUGGACUCGGCCCACGACACCAUUCUCACCGUCACGCAAGCACUAAACGACGUGACGGGUUACUCGGCAAUUGAACGGUUGAAAAACUCGAUCCACGAACAAGAGGAAGAUUUGAAACAAGCCAAGAACAAAGUCAAGGAAUGUAAAGCCAUUUACGGUGACGCGAUCCAAAGGCGGUCGCACUCGCAGCGGGAAGUGAAUGAGCUCUUAACAAGAAAACACAAUUGGUCCUCUAGGGACCUCGAGCGGUUCACUGAGUUGUAUAGAAACGACCACGAGAAUGAAAACUGGGAGCAGCAAUGCGAGAAAAAUCUCCAAGACGCCGAGAUGAAGGUCGAUGGCGUCCAGCUCAAGCUCACCCAGCUGAUUCUAACGCGGUACCACGAGGAGCAAAUCUGGUCAGACAAGAUUCGGCGCUCGUCCACUUGGGGCACCUGGAUCUUGAUGGGUCUAAAUGUCUUGUUAUUCAUCGUGGCUAGUUUCAUUGUCGAACCUUGGAAGAGGAAAAAAUUGGUGGCUGGGUUCGAGGAUAAGGUAAAGACUGUUCUCGUUGGUAUAUCGCAGCAAAAUGAGGCGGUAUUGGCACCAAUUAUAGAGCAGUUGGAGAAUGAGCCCCAAGAGGCGGCCAGCGCAGCCAACAUCGACAUGCAACAGCAACAACAACAACAACAACAACAACAAGAAGAAGCAACAGUCAUUGCGGAGAAACAACAACAACAACAACAACAUACAUCAAACGAGGAGGCGCAGGUUGAGUCUGCUUUCUCGUUGGCAGUUAUGAGGCACCCACUACCAUUACUCUCGGAAAUUCCCAUCACAACCAAAGUUGCCGACUUUAUUUCAACCAGCUGGCGCAGGGUAAGAACCACAUGCAUCAGCAGCUAUGCAGCUUUAACCUCGCCCGGUGUCCAAUACCUCCAGCUAGAUAAACUAGAAUUCAGCUUAUACACUUUGAUAAUUAGCAUCUUAUCCUGUGGACUCGGUAGUUUGAUAACAGUAUGGUGUAAAUAG